UGGCACCGACAAUGUGGUGGGUAUUAAUUGCUGCAUACGUUGCAAUGAAUCGGUGGCUUUUAUUAUGCCCUAUUUGCCACACGAUCGUUUUCAUGAUUUUUACAAUAAAAUGGAUGUGGCCGAAGUACAAUUCUAUAUGAAAAAUCUCUUAAUAGCUUUGCGUCAUGUUCAUCGUUUCAAUGUUAUACAUCGUGAUGUUAAACCCAGUAAUUUUUUAUAUAAUAGACGUAAAAGACAAUUUCUAUUGGUGGAUUUUGGUUUGGCCCAACAGGUGACCGUGUCGAAUAAUAAUAAUUUGACGGGAAAAUUAGAAAGUCUUGCUUUGCCUGCACCAAACACUAAUGCUACGCCUGCAUUAGGUGUUGGUGAGGGUAAACGUAUACGUGAACAUGAUGAUAUAAACCUCAAAAAAUCUCAGGAAGUAGCCGUGGCUGUUACAGGUGCUGGCGAAGUGGUUAGUGGUACAGCGAAACGUUUACGCUGUACUCUAACGCCACAAGAACAACAAACACCAGCGGCCGUGUCAAUGGGUCCAACAACACGUGCCGCAAAUGCCGCCUUUAAUACUGGAUCGAAAGGAGUAGCUGGUAGUAAUGCAAGUCUACAUGAACGUAAAUCUGCCGGCGGAGCUGCUGCGGUACACACCCUGAGUGGGCGUUUACAACAGAAAUUAAGAGCUCAAGGUGGUGCUGAAGCAGUACAAAACAGCAGUACACGUACUUCUUCGGCAGGCGGUAAAAAUACCCCGCCCAUAACUCAAGCAGCUCAUAACAAUAAUACUGCAGAUGCUAAAUACAAUACCAAUCGCAACUUAUCAUCCUCAAAUAGUCCCAAAUGUUAUUGUUAUGGCAACCCCCAAGUUUGUAAUAUUUGUCUGGUAAAGAAAGAGAUACAUGCCUCGCGUGCUGGCACGCCCGGCUAUAGACCUCCCGAAGUAUUACUCAAAUAUCCCGAUCAAACAACAGCCGUUGAUGUUUGGGCGGCUGGCGUAAUAUUCCUCUCCAUACUGUCCUCUGUGUAUCCCUUCUUUAAGGCUCCCAAUGAUUAUGUCGCCUUGGCUGAAAUGAUAACAAUAUUUGGUGAUAAAUCUAUACGCAAAACCGCCCAUAUAUUAGAUCGUUUGGUUACAUUAUCACAAAAAACUAAACCUUUGGAUUUACGUAAAUUGUGUGUGCGUUUUCGCAACCGCGUCAAAUUCAGUUCACCUAGUCUUUUAAAGAAAUAUCAACGUCCCGAUGGUACCUGUGAGGUUUGCAAAAAUUGUGAUCAGUUUUUCUUUAAUUGUCUAUGCAUGGAGUCGUCCUUUGUAACCGAAUCUCAAGAUGAAGAUGAUAACUUUCCUGCCAGUGCCUAUGAUUUACUCUAUCGUUUGAUGGAAGUUAAUCCACAUAAACGCAUAACGGCCGAUGAAGCCUUAAGGCAUCCUUUUUUUCUGGAAUGUCAUAACAACGACAAUAAUAUAACUACCUCAACUACAAACUCCAGCCCAGUGACAUCAUCAGCUCUAUGUGCUAAUGCUGUGCCGCUAAAUACAGCAGCAGCCGGUGAUUCGCUUAAGAAAGCACGCAAUUAACCUUUAACAUCUUUAAGUCGUAAUUUAUGGAAAUUUGUUUUUGUAUAUUUAAAAAAAUGGUAUUUUUUAUAAUUUUUUUUUUUCCUUUUGCCAAAGCCUAAGUUUAAUUUAUUUUAAUUUUCUAUUGAGAUUUUGUUAUUAGUUUUUUAAUUUUGCCUCGUUUAUAGUGUAAAAAAUCAACCUGCUUAUAUUUAUUAUUAUUAUUUUGUAAAUCCUUAAAUAAUGUCAACAAAUUUUCCUUUGUAAUCAUUAAUAAAUUAUAUAUAAAUUUAAUUAAUUAAUUUUGUAUGUUAAACACAAAAUUGUAAUUGUUGUUAAAUAUAUGCUAAAGAAAAUUUUUUGUAAAUAUAUUUUUAGAUAUUUUAUAUAUACACACAGUAAAAUAAAAACAAAAUAUAGUGUUUAU